GAAUGGAGGCUGUUGGGGUUGUGACAGCAGUAGGACUAGGACUAUCAGGCAGGCAAGUUGGCGAUCUUGUAGUCUAUGCUGGUAAUUUGAUGGGCUCAUAUGCUGAAGAGUAGAUCCUUCCUGCUAAUAAAGUUGUGCCUGUUCCUUCCUCUAUUGAUCCUAUCAUGCUUAAGGGCAUGGCAGCGAGUUUCUUUUCUGCCGAUGCUUCAAGGUUGAAGCAGGACAAACUGUUCUUGUUCAUGCAGUAGCUGGUGGAGUUGGAUCUCUGUUAUGCCAGUGGGCUAAUGCUCUUUGUGCCACUGUUAUUGGAACUGUCUCAACGAAGAGAAGGCAGCUCAAGCCUAGGAAGAUAAGGCUCAUCAUGUUAUCAUCUAUAAGGAAGAAGAUUUUGUUGCCCAUGUGAAUGAGAUAACAUCAGGCAAUGCAGUUGAUGUUGUCUAUGAUUCUGUUGGAAAGGAGACCUUCCAGGAAUGUUGCCAUCCUUAAAGCUUCACGGGUACAUGGUGAGUUUUCGGGUGUCAUUAGGAGCACUAGAUCCAGUACCGUUAUCAGCUCUUGCAGUGAAAUCUCUGUACUUAACAAGAGAAGAGUUAUUGGAGACUGCAGGAGAGGUGUUUGCUAAUGUUGCAUCAGGUGUGCCACUGGUCGAGUAAAUUAUACAUACCCUUUGUCUGAGGCAGCGCAAGCACAUGCAGAUGUUGACGGUAGGAAAACACUGGAUAUGUUGUGCUGAUACCGCAGAUGCCUGCAACAGGAAGUUCUGAAUCUCCAACUGUUGUUGUCAGAAUUAUAUAUAGAACUGUCUCAACGAAAGAGAAGGCAGCUCAAGCCAAGGAAGAUGGGGCUCACCAUGUAGUCAUCUACAAGGAAGAAGAUUUUGUUGCCCGUGUCAAUGUUAUAAUAUCAGGCAAUGUCGUCUUCUCAUUUCUUCAGAGACUGAAAAUUCAGUAGUUUUACCUUCUACAUUGGCACCAAUCAAAAAGCUUUUAAAUGUUCUUUAGUUUUCUAGUUCAUCACUAGCACUCGAUGAUCUAUGUUUUCUAAAACAAAUAACUUUGCUAUAUUUGAUUAUUACCUGAAAUGAGUUUCUUAAUGGAAAUAUAUCCAGGGGUAGUUGUUAUACUUAAAACUUCAUGGGUGCAUGUGAGUUUUCAGAUGUCAUCGGAAUACCAGUUCUGGUGCUGUUAUCAGCUCUUGCAGUGAAAUAACUGCACUUAGCACUGCCUUCCAUUAUGCAAUAACAGCUACCAGAAAGGAGUUAUAGGAGACUGCAGAAGAGGUGAUUGCUAAUGUUGCAUCUGGUGUGCUGCAGGUUCGAGGAAAUCAUACAUACCCUUUCUCUGAGGCAGCGCGAGCACAUGCAGAUCUUGAGGAUAGGAAAACAUCUGGAUAUGUUGUGCUGAUAUCAUAUAAGCUUGCAAUAGGAAGUUUUCAAACUCCAACUGUUGUCAAAAUUUUAUCUGGGUUGGUUGUGCAUUUUAUAUGGCAAACUUGUGCUGUGUUUGGGAUGAUGACUUAAUUGCUUGCUGCAUGUAGGCUAAAUCUGCAAAGUCAUAAAACUUGUUAUCCAUUUAGUGGUUAUGUUCAAGCAAUAAUAAUAAAAGAAAAUGAAGAGAAGAAAGAUCUCGGAGCCUUUUUUAGGCACUUUAGUAGGUGCAUGCCUAUUACUAGAUACACCAUAGCCUUUUUGUUGCAUUAGCCUGUAAUUUUUUUAUUUUUAUUUAUUUAUUUUUUUUAAAAAGGCUUUGCAAAUCAUUAAUUUUAGGCUCACAAUCAAAUAGAAUGGAGAGACAACAGUCGAAGCGACUUAAUGAUCAGUGACAUUUUUUUUGGUUGAGGAAGUAUGAGAUUUUUCUCAAUUUUAGUUGUGUAAGAAAAGUGACUAAUUUUUUUUAUUGCAUUAGGUGACCAGGGGGAUCGAACAUGCAUUAGCUUGUCUCAUAAUCCUAAAAAUUAGAUUAGCAGUGGGGUCUACAUGCGUUAGAAGGGUCUUUGGUCAAGAUAUAAAGCUUGUCUCAUAAUCCAGCCAUAAUUGGCAGUGACGUUCUGUUGGUUGAAAAACUUUGAGAAUUUUCUCAAUUUUAGUGCAUUUCGUUAUCAGUGAGGUCUAACAUGCAUUAGCUUGUCUCAUAAUCUAAAACCCUGAUUAGAUUAGCAGUGGGGUCUUCAAGGAUUAGGAUGGACUUGGUCAAGAUCCAAAGCUUCUCUCAUAAUCCAACCCUGACUAGUUUUAAAUUCAGUUGACCCCAACAACAAUGCAGAUCAAUCUCAUAUCUGCCAUCCACAAGAUCUAUGGCUUCCCCAAAUUAUGAAGCACAAACACAGUCACUCUCUGCAGAAUCAGUAGCCAAAAAUGACCACCUCCUCAUUGAAAUCCUUCUCCGUCUACCAACCAACUCCUUACUCACCUUCAAAUCCGUCUCCAAAUAUUGGCUUUCUCUAAUCUCCAGUCCCUACUUCUGUCAUCGCCACACCACUCUCUGCAACCUUGCCUCUGGCCUUUUCUUGCCUCGCAAUCCUUCAGACAAAACCAACCUGGAAUUCCCCUUCAUCAAUCUCAACAGGAGCUCUCAAAUCUCCCACCCACCACCCUUUAGAACUCUCUCCUUCAUCAACGAUCCAUCAGGUAUAACUAUCUUGCAGUCAUGUAAUGGUUUGUUAUUGUGUUGUAACUUCGGACUUGAUUCGAGGAACAACUACUAUGUCUGCAAUCCAACUACAAAGCACUAUACCACCCUUCCUCCACUGCCCGUUAACAACGAAGCUGCAGCUUCUACUUGUAAGACCGGAUUCAGUUUAGCUUUCGAUCCUUCCAAAUCUCCUCAUUACAAAGUUGUUUGUGUUGUGAACACCGACUCCAUGGGCCAGGUUGAGAUUUAUUCAUCUGAAACAGGCUCUUGGCGGCUUUGUACUGUUUCUUUCCCCUCAGACUUGCUAGGCUAUGAUUUUCAUUUCGAUGGCGGCAUCUUUUGGAAUGGUUCUCUUCACUGGAUCAGUAUUUGGGAUUCUGUUACUGCUUGGGGUACCAGAUGUGCUUUAUAUUUCAAUGUUGAUGAAGAACGCAUGAGCGAGAUGCCAUUGCCUCCUGUUCCUGAGGAUUGGGAAUGGGACGAUUCAUGUUUGGAUUAUUUUGGAGAAUCUGGAGGCCAUUUGCAUCUCAUUGGUUAUGAACCUUCAUAUACCAAUUUCAAUGUUUAUGAGAUAGAGAGGGAUUAUUCAAGCUGGUUUCUCAAGUUCCACGUUGUUCUUGGUGAGGUUUUAAUUGCGUUCCCUCAGAUGAUUCCGUCCCUGCACGACUUUGACAUGUUUGACUUUAGCGUGGUCUGUGUGAUUCGGUGUGAGCUUGAAGAACCAUAUUUGGUGAUGCAGAUAAAGGGUGUGCUAAUUGUAUAUUACUUGAAGACUAAAACUUUCAAGAAGCUUUGUGACAUUGAUCAUCGUGAUCCUGAUGCAGAUGGUACUCUUGCUUAUCAGUAUAUUGAGAGUCUUGCUUGUAUUUGAAACUUUUCCUAUUUCCAAUAUAUAAAAAAGAUCAGUUGUUUCAUUAUCUUGUUUUCUCUUAUUUUCUGGUUUUGAGAUUUUGAUUACUUUUUAAGUGCACUAAAUUAUUCAGUUCAUAAUGGUCUAACAUAGCUAUAUAUUUGAAUUAUGAAGAGAGAUUGCUUAGAAUUUUACAUAUUGACUAAUAAUAAUAGAAAAUGUCAAACAAUGUUAUUAGUUUCUCUUACAGUAGAAAUGCAUAAAGAGGCAUUGCUAGAAGCCAAGUCCUAAUCGAAAAUGAAGAUUAUAGUCUUAGUCUACAAUAUUACACAAUCUAAUUAUCCAAUUUUCUCUCACCUAUAUCUUGUACUUCUUUUUACUGUUUCUUCCUUGCUCACUUUCAAAUCCGUAUCCCAACAUUGGCUUUAGCUCUAAUCCCCAGUCACUGCAUCUGUCAUCGACACACCCCUGUCCACACCCUCCCCUCUGGCUUCUUCUUGUCUGUCAAAUCCUCAUUCAACGCCGAGCCAGAAUAUAGCUUCAUCAACCUCAACAGGAGCUCCCACGUCUGCCGCUCACCACCCUUUAGAACUCUCUCUUUCGUCGACGACCUGUUGGGUGUAACUAAUCUUGCAGUCCUGUAAUGGUUUGUUAUUGUGUUGGAGUUCCAGACUUCAUCCUAAAAAAAUUUACUACGUCUGCAAUCCAACCACAACGCAUUAUGCCAUCCUUCCUCCACUGCUGGUUCGCAAUGAGGCAGCAUCUUCCACUGGUACGCCUCUAUUCAGUUUGGCUUUCGAUCCUUCCAAAUCUUUUCACUUCAAAGUUGUUUUGUGUUGUGAUCAGCAACAACGUCUGCCAGUUUGAGAUUUAUUCAUCUGAGACAGCCUCUUGGUGGCCGUAUACUGGAUCUUUCCACUCAGACUUACUAUCAUACGACGUUGUAUUCGAUGGUGGCAUCUACUGGAAUGGUUCUAUUCACUGGAUCACUGAUCGCUAUCAUGAGUUGCUCCAUAUUUCAAUGUUGAUGAAGAGCGCAUAAGCAAGGUGCCAUCUCCUCCUAUUCCUCAAGAAUUAGAUGACUGGGUCGCAUCAAGUUUUAGGUAUUUUGGAGAGUCUGGAGACCAUUUGCAUCUCAUUGGUAUGUACAAGCCCCUGCAACUCAAGGUUUAUAAGUUAAGAGAGGGAUUAUUCAAGCUGGCUUGUCAAGUUCCAUGUUGAUCUUCAUGGGGUUUAGAUUGCAUUCCCACAGAUGAUUCGCAACUUUUUGUUGCAAGACAAAUUGUUCUUGAGGGUAAUCUGUGUGGUUCUGUGUGAGCUAGAGGAAGAAUCAUAUUUGGUGAUGCACAUAACGGGUGCGGUAAUUGUAUAUUACUUGAAGACUAAUACUUUCAAGGAGCUUUGUGAUUUGAUCAUGAUUUUCAUACAUAUGGUACUCUUGCUUAUCAGUA